AUGUUUGGCCAUGAGAUCCGCGGUGCUGAUUACUUGGUGUCCUCGGUUCUGUGUCUUGACAUGAAUAUCCUGUAUGUUUGCAUCACAGACGAAGAUAUCGCAAUGUCUGAUGAUGAGAGCCGCUCAGGCUCGGAUGGUUCGGGGUCUUCUGAUGGAGAGGAGGAUGUCGAGGCGACAGGCCUGAUCGCGACGCGCGAGAAGCGGGCCACAGCUGGCAACCUGUACAGCUCACUGCGUGCCGAGAUCGACGAGGAUGACGCACUGAAGGACAUUUUCCUGGAGGACGAAGAAGACGAGGGCGAUUACGAGGGAUCGGAUAGUGGUGAUGACGAAGGCGCUUUGGGGUCAUCUUCAGACGAAGAUGAUGCUGGACCACAGCAGGAGGGACAAGCGGAGGAUUUGACGGGCGAGAAGGAGUUGAAGAAGGCUGAACGCGUGCAACAGAGGCAGAAGAGGAAAGUGCAAGACGCGCGACUGAAAUUACCGGCAUGGCAGAAGAAGAAGGUGAAGCUGGCGGAUGAUGUCAAGACUGAGGACGGCGCGCCUACGAAGCCCAAGAAGAAGAGCGAGCGCACAAAUUGGCUGCCUGGUGAAGAAGAUGCGCCGAAGCGCCAGUCAAGACGCUCUCUGGCAGUUGCAAACCGUGAGGUGGUCCAUGCCAACCUCAAGCAGUCGCACGAAAGAUCUGAGAAGCAGCGCAAGGUUAUGAAGCAUGCGGCGGAAAAGGUCAAACAGAAGAAGCGACAGGAGAUUAGUCAGGAGGAUCGCAUGAAGAUGUGCGAGAGGAUCUCUAGGCAGACGGACAAGGAGUUUGGGAGAUGGGAGAGGGAGGAGGCGGAGCGACAGCGGACGAGGGACGAGCAGCUGGCCGCUAGCAGGAGGAGGGAUAUGGAUGGGCCGUAUAUCAAGUACUACAGUGGAAGUGUCAUCUGGAGGGAUGGGAAGUUGGAGAGGAAGAGGGUCGAACAUGGGAGUAUGGAUGUUACGACUAUUCCGGAUGAGCCGAAGCAGCCUGCUUUUGAGCUUGUCGUCAAAUCAGAUCAUACUUCAGGGACGAUAUCAGCGAAUCAGCCAGCUUCGAGUACGAGCCCAUCGACCUCAGCAGCCCCUCAGCCAGUUGUCGCAUCCUCAAGCAAAGUCGCAAGCACGGAAACAUCGUUGCCGACCCCAUCUGACCCACCAGCUCCUUGGCUGUCUGGCAUUCACGAGUAUGCUUCGCAGACUUAUUCCGUGCCUUCCAUUCCAAUCCCAAUUCCACAGCCAGCCUCGUCGGAUGCCGUCAGCGAGAAAGCCGCUGGGAAACGACGGGAGCUCAUAUCAGAAGGGCCACAAGCAACCACACCCACAUUACCUGCAGCACCACCGGCAUCGUCUUCGACACCGGCAACCUACCACGGCUGGCCGCCCGGCUCGCAGCAAUUCGCAAUCAACCUCCCGGCACCUCCAGCUCCUCCUACCGUCCGAGAACAAGCUCAAAGAUCUCUAGUAAUACUAGAAAAAUUCGAAGGUCUCGAGCCAGUAUCUUCCAAGCGGACCGCAAAAUCAGCCACCAUACCAGGAGCCGCCGCCACUGAAACAGCCAACGCUCUCAUCCCCGAUGCCUUCCCCGCCUUCAACGCCGACGAACUCCGUUAUCUCCUCGCCAAACAGUCUACCCGCCGUGCCGCCGUCUCAAACAUGCCCGCGCCGCCGGAGAAGCCGCAUUGCUCUCUUAUCCCUUCGAAGGUGGCGAGUUACCGUGAUCCGAAUACCGGGCUGCCGUACUUGGAUCUGCAGUGUUAUAAGAUCAUUCAGAGGGUGUUGGCGGGAGGCUGUCAGUGGAGUCCAGUUUUGGGGUGUUGGGUUGGCCCUAGCUAUGGUGUUAUGGGUAGGCCGGCCGUGGGAGUGCCUACAGGGUUUGGGGCACCGGGACCUAGGGUCGGUGGGGGCAAUGCUGAUGGUUGA